GAGGGGAGAAAGGGAGAGAUACAGCAGAAGGAGGGAGGGGUGUGAUGUGUUAGUAAGGGGGGCACCAAUCCUGCCAGUCCUUUGCCCAUCCUGCCCCCUUUUGCCAACUGGACACAGCCAAAAGCCCAGGUAUUCUCCUACCAUGUCGGAUGAUGCUGAAAAGAAUGAGGCUCCCCCAGGAGCAGCAAAGGAACCAGAGCAGCAGGAAAAGGAGGAGCAGGAGCAGGAGACGCCACAAGAAAUGGAGUCAGCGCCGCAGCCAGAAGCAGAACCAAAACCUGAACCCGAACGAGAACCCGAACCAGAGCAAGAGAAGACACAGGAGAAGCUGCCAUCACAGACACCCCCUCAGAGCCCCUCUGCCCCUGAGGUCCCAGCCUCACCUGUCAUGGUGACUGUCACCAUUGAGGAGGACGCUGUGGUAGGACCACAGGAGAACGGGGACCCUCCAGGGCUGAGAGCGGGCUCGGCUGAAGAACUGGGGACCACCCCAGCACCACUCACGAGCCCCCCCACCCGCUCCAAAUCUGCAUCGCUGAAUGACCUGAAACCCCAGAACAGUGUCAACGGGGGGCCGCGGGCCAUUGUGAGAAGCAGCUUGUCCGGCUCUCAGGUGCACCUCGCAGGAGCUGCUGGGUCUCCGCGGGCCAGCCUGAGCCGACAGGCCUCAGCCACCGGGUCCACAGGUGGUGAGGCUGGGGAGAAACCCAGAGACUACAUAUUCAUUGCUGCCCUCUCCUGCUUCUGCCCAAUCUGGCCCAUAAACAUUGUCGCCUUUGUUUACUCUGUCAUGUCCCGUAAUAGCUUCCAGCAAGGAGACAUUGAUGGGGCGCGGCGCCUGGGACGUGUAGCAAAACUGCUGAGUGUUGUGGCGUUGGUUGGAGGUGUGCUCAUAAUUGUGGCUUCUUGUGCCAUCAACUUCGGAGUGUUCCAGUGAGGGCAGCACUUGGGUGCUACUUCCUCCCUAGCACCGAAAUGUCCAUCUUUGGCGCUGGGAGCCAACAUGACUACAGUGCAUUCUUUCCAUCCCAUCUCAUGUCCCCCAUCAAUCCCGAAACCAUGCAAAACAGGAGCACAAGGAUGGAGACAGCGGAGAAAGAGAGAGAGAGAGACAGAAGUCAAGCAUAGAAGAGCACAAGAGUAUGAAACUGAGAGAGGCUAUAUCUUGCCUCACUCUUCUAGAAGAUAUUAAUAAUAAUCAGGUGGCAUCAAGUCAAUUCUGACUUAUGGUGACGCUCUUCAGGGUUUCCAAGGUA